GCGCGUACGCAUGCAUUCAGACUCCUGAGUUCCACACGAGGCGACAUGAAGGUUUCAGAACCCGACUCUCCCCGUGCCUCGGCUGCUACGGCGACCACCACCGAGGUGCAAGCGGCCGCGACCGCUCUUGUACAGCUGGACAGAGAGCAGAUUAGAAAGGCGGUGGAAGUUCUGUUUGAUAACUCGAAAUCCAAAAAAAACAAUAAUGAAUUGCUGUUGAAUGGGAGCGAAAAUUUAUUUUUAAUGGUGAUAUUAUGGAAAAUUCCAAAGAAAGAACUUCGAGUCAGAGUGUCUUUGCCUCAUAGCAUUCUCUCAGAAUCCUCAGAUGUGUGUCUGUUCACUAAAGAUGAAUGUGAGUCACCUGAACAGACAGAAGGCUUCUAUAAAAAGCUUUUGAAAAAACAUGGAGUUAACACUAUCUCUCAGAUUAUCCCUUUUAAAACGUUAAAAACAGAAUAUAAAGCCUAUGAAGCCAAGCUCCGCCUCCUGGGCAGCUUUGACAUCUUUAUUACUGAUGAAAGAAUUCGACGGCAUUUGCCCACACACAUAGGAAGGCAUUUCUAUCAGAGGAAGAAAGUUCCAGUAUCUGUAAAUCUCCUGGCAAAGAAUCUGUCCAAAGAGAUCGAUCGAGGGAUCACAGGGACCGUCUUAAACAUCUCUAAGCGUGGUUCUUGCAGUACAGUCCGUGUUGGUCACACUGGAAUGGAGACUCAGCACAUUGUUGACAACAUCCUGGCUGUCUCAGAAACGCUUUCAGAAAGAUUGCCGGAGAGAUGGCAGAGUGUGAAACUCUUGUUCCUGAAAACUGAGAAGUCGGUUUCUCUUCCCAUCUUUUCCUCAUUUGUCACAUCUCAGGAUGAAAACAUCGAUUCCUUCCGUAGUGUGAAGAAACAAGGACUAAAGAAAAAAAGGAAGUAUGAAAACACAAAGUUGAAGAAGGAAAGCAAAAUGUUAAAGAAGAAGUCCAAGAAGGCUGCAUCUCUUUCAACUCAAGGUGGGUUAGUUAGUGCUCCAGCGAAGGGCCCAGGAACUCAGAAGAAAAAGACCAGCAAGACAAGCACACAGCUGAAAGUUACAGAGGAGUAUGAAGAAACAAUUCCACAACUGGUACCAAUAGGAGAAACUCCAGAUAAAGAAAAUGUGAAGAUGCAAGAAAAUGUCACAGGGAAAAAAUCUCCAAAAUCGAAAUCUGGUCCAAAUACACCUCAGGGUAAGAAAAGGAAGGCCCAACCAGCUACAGAGACUCCAGAAGCCUCAGAUCCUGGGACCUCUGGGAAGAAGCAAAAAAAAGAUAUUCAGGAAUUCAGAAAGCCAGAGGCCAAGUCCUUCUCUACUCCCAGGAAAUCUGGAAAGAAAGCUUUCAACACACCCAGAGACAAACAACCCCAGGCAGCCCACUCAAACUAGAAAUAGUGCACUGGCAUGGAGGACAUCAGAGUUAACCUUCUAGAGCUUUUCAAGAAUACUUAGACAGGGUGUGGUGGCACACACUCACACACUGGAAUGCAGAGAUAGGUAGAUGUGUGUGAGUUUGAGGCCAGGCUAGUUGUCUACAAAAGUUGGGUCACCUGGGAUAAACCAAGAUUUAAUAUUUAAAGGCCAGAUUUAAGUCCUGGGCUUGCUGGUAUAACACUUUGCCAGCAUGUACAAGAUCCUGGCUUCAGUACCCAGAACUGUCCCCCCCCCAAAAAAAAACAACCCAGCCAACAAAGGUACUCUGCUGCUGAUUCCAUCACAGCCUUUUUCAACAAAGAGUCCUGGACUUAAACAGUUUUUGAGAAGUUUCUGUGGGUGCCUCUGAAUUUAAUAUUUCUGUUGUAGAAACUAGGGGGUUUGAGGCACAAAAAUAUUUUUAAAUUGUUCAGUGUAUUUGCUGAUGUUUGUUUUUUUGUUUUGUUUUGUUUUUUUAAUUAAACUAUUACAUCCCCUUCUGGGUAAA